AUGGUGGAGGUGUGUGUUCGAGGUAAAACCACACUAAAACCAAGAGUUGUGUUAGACUAUAAUGAAGGUAAAUCUCCAAUAGAUUUAGCAGAUCAAAUGAGUUCCUAUUCAAAUCCAUUGCGUCGUACUGUAAAAUGGUACAAAAUAGUAGUAUUAGAUACACUUUUGAAUAUUGCGGUCGUCAAUGCUCAUGUUUUAUUUACUCAAGUAACUAAUAAUAAGAUAUCAAUAAUUGAUUUUCGUACAGCGUUAGUAGAAAUUCUUAUCACUCAAAAUAUUGAACCAGAACCAUAUAGCCAAAUAACUACAAUUAAACAUAAGCUAAUAAAAGCCUCAAAAAAUAGGUGCCAUAAAUGCUAUAGCAUACUGGUGAAAGAAAAAGGUAGACAACAGUCACAGAAGUAUUCCAAAAAAACUAGUACAAAAUGCGAGGGUUGUGACAAAUACUAUUGUGUAGACUGUUUUUUUGAAGAUCACAAAGUUGUACCAAUAUAA